UUUGCGUAUAGAACAUAUAUCAUAUAUAUAAGCCACARGGCAUGGACGAGGGCAAAGUACAGUUGAGUCGAAAACGGUUGAAAGCGUUGCGAGCUAGAUUAAACAUUUUCUCCAAUAAGAGCAAAGGGAUGAUUAUCAGCACUUUCUUGUUCGCUGUCAUUGGUGUGAUGAUCGUCACUACAGCCCCAACCAAAUGGAUCGACCUGUCAUACCCUUUUGUUGUGAACGAAACGGUUUACUGGCCUGCCCCUGCCAAUACUCCAUUUCAACAUAAGGUUAUUUUACGAGGGGAAUACCAUGGAGCAUAUKUUUUGUCUUUUGCUUAUGGAGCWGGWGAGCAUGGUGGAACCCACAUCGAUGCACCCAACCACUUCAYUAAAGAUGGGAUUUCAUUGGAGAAGAUUCAGAUCGACCGAAUGGUUGGAGAGGGAGUCGUUGUGGAUAUCUCUGCAAAGGCCAAGAAAGAUCCAAAUGCAGASCUGGAAAUAAGUGACUUAGAAGACUGGGAGAAGAAACAUGGACGGAUGCCAGACGAGCCAGUCGUGUUCCUAUAYUCGGGUUGGGGGAAGUUUUAUCCUGAUCGAGUCAAGUUUUUUGGAACGAAUGACACAAAGAAUGCUUCAACCUUCAAUUUCCCAGGGCUUAGCUCGGGUGCUGCAAAGUGGCUAAUUAAGAAAAGAAACAUYAAAGUCUUUGGUAUUGAUACACCAUCCUUUGAUUCGGGUAGAAACACCCUCAAUGGUUUUCCAGCACAUCUUGCUUUGCUUGGAGCUGGUGUUCCUGGAAUAGAAAUGACCGCCAACCUUCAUCUUCUUCCUCCAAGAGGGUUUGAAGUCAUGGUAGCGCCCAUGAAGAUCAAAGRWGGAAGUGGAGGACCCACACGCAUUUAUGCAAGGAUUGCAGAUAAGAUGCAGCCUAAUACAGCUAUGCAUGCUAAUGCAUCUGGUAUUGCUUACAUGAUCAUUGCAAUGGUAUUCUUCAUUUGUCUGUCUUAUAAUUAGAUCUUCAGUGAUGUUUGCUUGAACGAGCGACAGUCUGUGCCUUUCGCACAACACUGGCUUGAUUCAGUUUGUAAUUAUGUAUAUCUAAGCGAAUAUAACGAGGUAGUUUUUUAAAUAGCAUUGCAUUCACUAGCAACUGAAAGUUUCUUCAAAUCCUUCAGCUCAGUUAAGAACGUUAUGAAGACAAAUUUAUCAUUACUUAUAUCAAAAUACUUUUAAAAAAUGUAAAAAAAAAUACCAAAGUAAUGACGAUAAAAAGCCAACCAGAAACAUUAUAAACACCCAACAAAUUCUGGACAAUUAACUGAAGAUAUCCAAUACUCAUUUCUUUAUCUUAUAUAACUAUGAUAAUCUAAUAUUUCAACAAUCAAUUGCUCAUGUACUAUCGCUACACAGUAUAAAAAGAAUCGCUGUAUAUUUACACUUUUUUCAAUGCUCAAUWCAGUCAACUCUCGCUAUUACGGACAUCCCCGGGACCGUAAUUUAGUGUCCGCAGUAGCGAGAGUUACUUUAAUUCAGUCA